GUCAAAAUAAUAUUCAGUAAAAAAAUACUCCGCGAGGGGUUUACACAAAAUUUACUUAUCACGAGCUCAUAAAAUAUUUAAGUAUUGUAAAUUAAACAUGAGGUGACGUGGUUAAUUUGUGUAAGCCGUGUACUUAACAUUCCAUAUUGCGUUCGUUAUCGAUAGUCGGUGCAUCAUGUCGGGUGUCCCUGUGAAGUUAGGUUCUAUUUUAUCUGUUUGUAUAGUGUUGUAUGGGAUCGUGUACCGCCAGAAUUACGAUGUGGACGAGAGGCUGGCUCCUGUGAAGGAGCAUUUGUUAUAUUUGGAGAGCAAGAACGCGGUGGGUAAAGAUGAAUGGCAGCCUAAAGUGGCGCUCGGGUACGGAGCCUGCCACGACCUCUUCGUGAAUGCGACCUCGUUGCUCGACUACGGGCAGCUGGCCGGCGCGCCGGAGCACUUCAACGAGAUCUCCAGCAAGGAGGAAUUCCUCAAGAGCUUCACCUACUUCUUCAAACAUGGUGCUGCUGCAGAGAGGUUUGUGUCAAAUAGCAAACUGUAUGAUGAUAUUGUGGACGAGGCAUUAAAACUAUCAGACACACGGUGGAGCAUCGGCGGCAAUGCUCCCCUCAUGGCCAAAAGAUUCCAAAUGGAGGGAUGGAAAGUGCUGCUUGGUGCUAAAAUGAGCAAUAAACUGAAAUCAUACAUUCCAGAAAGCAUUAAAAUAGUUGGUGGCGAAGAUAAUGAAGUUAUCAAAGAUGAUAUUCACAUGAUUCUAGAAUACAGAGCAGAUGAGAGGUUUGGAGUGUACAAGGCACCGCGCGCCAACAGAUACAUUGUACACAAUGAUGAGAACAAUCCACUUUUAAGUUCCUUAGAGAAGUUUGGCGAGUUCUUACCAGAUUUCAAUCCUAAUUUACUAGUCAUUAGUGGUUUACAAAUGAUGGAUAAUUAUCCUUUCACAAGCAAUCAAGCUGUUGACUUGAGAGCAGAGAGGCUGGAUCUAGUCAAACAACAAAUAUUGUCUCAGCCGUUACACACACUCACACACUUUGAAAUGGCAAGCUAUGUAGACUUGGACCUGCUGAAACAACUCACAUCAAAGCUGGUGCCUUUUGUGGACUCAGUGGGCAUGAAUGAACAAGAGCUCACUAACCUUCUCAGUGUCCUUGAAUUUGGGAAAGUGAGUAUUGUAGCUGACUCCAACCCGAGGGUAGCUACUGCUCUUGACCAAAUGAGGAAGACUUUCCUUCUUAUUAGAGAAAAGAACAAAUUAAACUCUAGCAGAAGAAAACUGACCAGAGUACAUGUUCACACAUUAGCUUACCAGGCUAUCUUGACUGUGAAGGGUUCUCAGUGGAAGAGGACGGAAGCUGCAGCAGCUAAAGCCUCUUUGACAGCGCACCGGUAUGUGUGCAAUGACGCAAACAUCAACUUGGAGAAGUCAAAACUCAUAUUGGACGACAGCUUCUCAACAACAGCUGAUAAUGACAAGAACAGAGUGUUCUUUGAGCCAAGCAAGCCAGUGGCGUGCUGGAGUGAGGUGUUGGACGGUGAUGAUGUGGAGAUCUGUGUGGCCCCAGUCCUCAUCUGCACAGAGGCUCAGCUCACUGCGGGAGCUGGAGAUAAUAUCUCUGCAGCUGGACUUGUACUACAAGUUGAAAAGUAAAUACUUGUUUUAAAGGAAACUUAGUUGAGGCUUAAUGAGCCUGAACAAUUAACAAAUAUCUUUAUCUAAGUCAAAAUGUUAACAAAUAAGUUUUAUAUUUGUUUUUAUCAUUCCACUAAGUUAUUAUCAUUUUGUAUUGAAUGCAUACAGAAUGUGUGCCAUUUGUGUAAGUUGAACAAUUUAAUUUAUUAAAGUACAAUGUUCCUGUAAUAUGGUGUUGGUAUGAUUUUUUAUGAAAUUUAAACACUAUAACAUUAAUAAUCAUUUUUAAAUCUUGUUGUGACAUUCCUAUACUGCUUGCUGUAAAUUUUAUUUAUUAUUACUGCUGUAAUAAAAUAAUACCAUUUCAACUUC